AUGAUGUUUUCUUUCCUGCCGCCGCUACCAUGCCACACGCGGGGGACGCACCUCAGCGAUGACCCAGGGGAGUCAAGGCACAUCAUUUUGAAGUUGCCGCCAUGGGAUAGUCCGACGACCAUCAACUGGGAGCCGUUGGAGCCGCCGAGUCCAUAUCGACCAGUUAUACGCCAAAACGCGUAUCCCUCCGUUGCGAAACGCUUGCAGAGAUUCAAGCCCUCGGACGGCAACGCGGCGGAGAAAAUCGUGACACCUAGGUGUCUCUCCACAGGGGAAACCACACCACGAGAGAUGACGUAUGAGGAGGAAUUGGCUUGCAAGGGGCGUCUUUUAAAGGAAGAGUCUGAGGCGCGAGAUGUCCUCGUUUUCUCUGAGCAGCGUGAGUGGACCCAGUUGUGGGUGGAUUUUCUUCAGCGCAACUGCGUCCUCCUCGAGGUGGAUAUCCAGUCAGCGGAAGAGGAGGCACGGACUGCAUCUGAACGCGAUGAAGAGCGGAGGCGUAUGUGCUACACGAUUGAGAUGGAGUCAACCUUGAGCCGUAUUCAGAAGCGCUUGCAGGAUGCCAUGCAGAAGAAAACAGCAGAAAUUAUGCCGAUGUACAAAGAUGGCCGGAAUUGUAUCAUGGAGAAGGAGAAAGGAGAGCUCUCCGAUCUCCUUGAAUGGUUCAGGAAGAAUUGCCCGUUCGGGAUGCAGCUACCUGCGUUCCUCGGUGGGCAACGCCGGCGUCUGUGCCCAAAGAAACCGACCGGACGAUACGGCGCGGCCCGCAGCACUCGAGGGAGAGGACCUCCCACGUCAACACGCAACAAGGCGGUACCCACCAAUGCCACCACCACGGAGGUAGAUAAAUGGCCGGAUGUCUUCCCUGAGCCGUCGUACAUGGCUGAAGGUAAACAGGCAUGGCAGGAGAUCAAAAACUUGCGCUACGCAGAGAGGAAAACUUGUUCCUCAACCCAGGAGACGGAGAACAUGGAGGUUGCCGCCCGUGAAGAGAUACUCGCUGCGGAGGCGGUUGCGUGGCUUCCCAUCAUGGCACUUGGAGUUGAUGAUUACUAUGAGGCCAAACGGCGGAUGCAGCAGCGAGAGAAGACAGAGUUGGCAGCGGUUGAGGAGAAGUUGGAGGAGCUUGAAAAGCGCGAAGCCAUUAUGGAGCGGCUGGAAAAUGAGGCGUUGGCAAAGGGAUUCGAAUACAAGGUCAUCGCCAAGAAUGAGGCUGCGGGGAUGGGGGAUAUUGGGAUCUGUGAGGCUGCCACAGUUGAGACUGAACAUGACGUCAACGUCAAAGAGGAAGGCGCGGUGAUGCAAGAGUUGAAAGCGUGCAAGGAUGUCGCCGAAAGCUCUAUGAAUAGUGAAGACAGUGAGAUCAAGAAUGAGACCGCGCGAAUUUCGGAUCUUAAGAAACGCGAAGACGUUGCUGAACAACUGGAGAUUGAAGACACUUUAAUGAAUCUUGAAAGUGCCCAAAUCGGGGAUCUUAAGAAGCGCGAAUCCGUUGAACAGCUGGAGAUUGAAGACACUGAAAUCAAGAAUGAAGCUGUGCUAAUUGAGGAUCUUAAGAGGCGUGAAACCGUUGCCGAGCAGCUGGAGAUUGAUGACGCUGAAAUCAAGAAUGAAGCUGCGCGACUUGCGGAUUUGAAGAAGCGCGAGGCCCUUGCUGAACAGCUGGAGACUGCCCUCAUGCAGAGGGAGGACGAGGCCUCCGCUCGAAUAGCAGCAGCAGUGCUGGCGGGGUCGUCUGCAGUCUCUGCUGUGGCGAACAAUAACCAGCGCUCAGAGGCAGCGGCGACCCACAGUGCCACUGAAGCUGACGAAGCAAGCAGUUCGUGGGGCAGUGACUCGAAUGGUGUUCCGCAUCAUCCGAUGCUGAAUGUCGUGCUGGGAAUAGCAGUGGAGCGGGACCCGUUUGUGGGACUGCGCAACCCUGCACUAGCAGCGCUUGGUGAGGCGGAAUGUGUGCAUGCCGCAUGUGAGGGAGAUAGCGCGGGCAGGGCCGCUUGUGCUCUGGCCCGCGCGCGCCACGUACCCUUCUGCCCUGCGUAUCUCGUUCACGGCCUCUGGCGCCCGAGGUCCAUCUGCGAGGAUGCUAAUUCGUCGGGUUCGUGCGAGACCAGGGACGGCGGCGUAGCGGCCCUAAAGGGAUCGGAGGUGGUAGAGCGCGGGCGCCUGCUGGCAGAGCAGAUCGCGGCGGUGUGGGCGCUCUAUCAGCAGGCCGCGGCGGAGGCAGCCGCGGCGUCCAACACAAAGUGUGGUGAGUUAUGCUACAAGGGAGUGCACAUGUCCAAUAAUUUCUAG